UAGUUACCCCUGUACGGAGGGCGUACGGUAGUAUCCCGAUCCUUGCCGUAUAAAUAGCACGCAAAGUCAGCUGGGAAUUUGGGAUCAAUCAGCUUCAGCUCCAACCAACAUUUCUCAUUCACCAGCUAGCAGAGGUUUACAGAGAAGAGGAAGCAGAGAAGAGCUUGUUAAUGGCGGCAGUGGUGGCGCAGCGACAGAAGAAGCAGCAGGCAUCGUCGUCGGUGUCGUUGUUCGCGGCGUUCGACAAGGACGGCGACGGCAAGGUGUCGGCGUCGGAGCUGCGGGGCUGCAUGGCGGCGGCGCUGGGCGAGGACAACGUCUCCUUGGAGGAGGCAGCGGCCGCGCUGGCCGCCGCGGACGCCGACGGCGACGGGCUGCUCGACCCGGCCGAGUUCGCCAGGCUCGGCUUAUUAGGCGCCGGAGCCGAGGAAGACGAUGUGCUCUGCAGGCGGCGGUGCCUGAGGGAGGCCUUCGCCAUGUACGCCGGCGAGAAGGCGGCGGUGAUCACGCCGGCUAGCCUGGGGAGGAUGCUGGGGAAGGUGCUGCCGCCGUCGUCGAGGAAGAAGGAGGAGGAGGUAAUUGCGGUGGAGGAGUGCGUGGCCAUGAUCCGGAGGUUCGAUCUCGACGGCGACGGCGUGCUCUCCUUCGAAGAGUUCGCCGUCAUGAUGACCGCCGAUGGCUAGCUUAGCUAAUUCGAUCGAUCAAUGUGUAAAUUAUAAGCGGGUGUGGGGGCUAAUUAAUUUGUUCAUUAUUUGACACUUUGUUCAUGUGUUUGGAUCAUGGAUGAUCCGUUGAUUUUUGUGUGUUGCGCUUUGGGGUUGAUUUGAUGAUGCUCUCGAGCCUUUGUUUUUUCUUUUUCUUUUUCUCUCUUUUUGUGGAGAUCGAAAAGUGGAGGGUGGCAAUGUUUGAAAUCAAUCAAGUCUUGGAGCUUGUUUUUAGCUAGUGUUGUGAAAUGUAAGGAUGUAAUUUGGUUUUCCCAUUUUUGAACUUUGGCAGUAAAACAUAAUGCACCUCACGUGGAUGAUGGAUCUAGCAAUUUUAAAUGAUCUUUCGUCG